AUGGAUACUGAUAACCAUUUUUACAACAACGAUAACAACAACAACCACAACAAUGGUGCAGCCACAGUAAAAAUAGAUUCCCAUGUCGAGAUGGGAUCAGUGGAGCCCAAACCAGCGUUUGAGUAUGAGGACCAGAGCCUAGUUGGUCCUGACAAACAUUCCUUGGAUGAGGCUCCCCUCAGAUCUCUAUAUUCUGGUGGUCCAGGAGACUGUUCUCCCCAGGCCAUGGGGAAUACGGUGGUUGAUAGCAUCAAGAUUGUAGUUUUCUCUGCCAAAAUUAACUUUCUCAUGCCUUUUGGCCCUUUAGCGAUCGUGGUUGAUAAAUUUUCCGGCCAUCGUGGUUGGGUCUUCCUUUUAAGCUUGUUGGGCAUCAUACCUUUGGCUGAGCGAUUAGGAUAUGUAACAGAGCAGCUGGCUUGCUAUACUGGACCAACAGUUGGAGGGCUUUUAAAUGCCACCUUUGGAAAUGCAACAGAACUGAUAAUAUCAAUUUAUGCUCUGAGACGUGGCAUGAUUCGUGUUGUUCAACAGUCUUUACUAGGCUCAAUUCUGUCAAACAUGUUGCUGGUGCUUGGAUGUGCUUUCUUUGCUGGUGGACUUGUGUUUUCAAAGAGGGAACAAGUUUUCAACAAGGCAACUGCUGCAGUGAGCUCUGGAUUGCUAUUGAUGGCGGUCAUGGGUCUGCUCUUUCCAGCUGUACUGCACUCUACUCGCACAGAGUUGCACUUCGGGAAAUCUGAAUUAGCCCUUUCAAGAUUUACCAGCUGCAUUAUGCUUGUAGCGUAUGCUUCCUAUCUGUUCUUUCAGUUGAAGAGCCAGCAGAAUUUAUAUGUUCCAGUUGAUCAGGCAGAGAAUCACGCUGAAGAAAUUUCAGAUGAUGAAGAGGAACCUGAGAUCUCUAAGUGGGAAUCCAUAAUAUGGCUAUCUAUUCUAACUGCAUGGAUUUCAGUCCUCUCAGAAUAUUUAGUUAAUGCAAUAGAGGGUGCAUCUGUUGCAAUGAACAUUCCGGUUGCAUUUAUUAGUGUUAUUCUGCUGCCAAUCGUUGGGAACGCAGCAGAGCAUGCAGGUGCUGUUAUGUUUGCCAUGAAGGACAAGCUUGAUAUAACUUUGGGAGUGGCAAUAGGCUCAUCAACCCAGAUAUCUAUGUUUGGAAUUCCAUUUUGUGUGGUGGUUGGGUGGGUGAUGGGGUGCCCUAUGGACUUAGAUUUCCAACUGUUUGAGACAGCCACACUUUUCAUAACUGUUUUAGUAGUAGCCUUCAUGCUACAGGAGGGAACUUCUAAUUACUUUAAAGGACUAAUGCUCAUUCUCUGCUACAUUAUUGUCGCGGCAAGCUUCUUUGUACAUAGAGAUCCUAAAGCAAUACGCUUUUGCUCCAAUUAUGUCGAUGUGGAAAUGCCAUAUCUUGAUACAUUUUUGCAGUGA